AUGCUUCGAAAAUUAUUUUUCAGAUUUUCUUAAGAUAUAGAAAAGGUAAUGGCUGAUAAACUUACUUAAGUCUUAAAAGCCACAAAAGUUGAAGUUAUUGAUACAUCUGGAGGAUGUAAAUCAUUAAUAUAAUUUCUAUAUAGGUGGUUCAAUGUAUCGAUUAGAAAUUGAAUCUCCUGAAUUUUAAGGUAAAUCAAAAGUGAAAUAACAUUAAAUGGUUGUAGAAGCUUUAAAAACUGAAUUAGCAGGUGCUCAUGGAUAUUCGAUUAAAACUAACAUCCCCAAAUGA